AUGCGAGGUAUCUUGACUCUUUUUGUUAUUUGGCUUCAUUUUGUUUAUCCUGUCAUAUGUACUGAAUACCUUGUUAGCUUGAAGACUCCAAGAGCUUUAAGGUAUGUUUUCAACUUUAAAAUCGGCGGGUCCAGUGUCAAGGAAUUGAUAGAAUCGAAGAUCCACAGAGAAUUCUCAUUCGGUAAGUUCAAUGCCAUUUCUGUUGAUAUUCCUCCUGUUCUAGCGGAUAAGUUGAAAGAUGUACCAUUUAUAAGUGAUGUUGUGGCUAAUGUGAAGAUUAGUUUGUUCGAUGAGUUCCCACAAAUCGCUUCAGGAUUAAACAAUGAUCAAUAUGACUUCGAAACUGAAGAUGAGGAAGAGGCAGAAGAAGAUGAGGGGAGUGAUACUUAUGAAGAUGAUGAUAAUUACGACGAGGAUACAGACAAUGGAGAUACCGAUUUUAGCGAUGACUUCAUCUCACAAUCUCGAGCUCCAAGACAUCUAGCAAGAAUUUCUCGAAGAGCACAGUUACCAGUCAUCGAGAAAGAUGAUACCUCAUCUGGAUUGAAAUACCAUUACCAUGAAGAACACCAGGGUGAAGGGGUUUUCGUUUAUGUACUUGAUAGUGGAGUUAAUCAUGACCAUCCCGAUUUCGAAGGAAGGGCUAUGAAAGGUAUUGAUACUACUGGAGAAGGCUCCGGAGAUCUCGUAGGACAUGGUACCCAUGUUGCAGGUUUAAUCGGUUCCAAGACUUAUGGAGUGGCCAAGAAAGUUAAUAUUGUUGAAGUGAAGGUCCUAGAUUCCAUGGGAAAAGGCACUGUCACAAAUAUCAUCGAAGGAUUGGAAUAUGUCGUGAACCAAUGCAUCGGAAAGAAGAGAAAAUGUGUCAUAAACAUGAGUCUCGGUGCACCAGGAACCCAUUCGAUUUUAGAUAAAGCUGUUUCAGCAGUAAUCGAAGAGGGUGUCGUGGUUGUUGUUGCUGGAGGAAACAGUGGAUUGAACGCAUGUUGGUACAGUCCUGCUAAGGUCAGGAAAGCAAUUACUGUGGCUGCAAUGGACGAUAGAACCGAUCUAAUGGCACCAUUCUCAAACUGGGGCGCUUGUAUUGAUAUAUGGGCUCCUGGUGUCAACGUGAAAUCCCUUUCCAAUAAAGGCCGGGGCACUUUUGUAUUGAGUGGAACAUCAAUGGCAUCUCCAAUAGUAGCAGGUGCAGCUGCCAUCUAUUUGGAUCAAGGUGCAGACCCUGCUGAAGUGAGAAAGAUAUUGAGUAAGACUGCUACGAGAGGUGUUUUCAAGAAGAGAGCUAUUGCUGUAAGACCAAGAACUCCAAAUAAGGUUCUCUAUACAGGAAACAAUCAAGAGGAUGAUGAAUUUGCUUACGCAGUUUACCCGAUGAUUGAUGAGAUAAAAUUCAUGGAUCAGUUAAAGCAAGCUACAAGUCGAGUGAAACCGCCAAGUGGCGAGAUGAUUAAUCUAGUAACACAUGAUAGAAAGAUACUUAAACCACGAUUGAGUAAGUUCCUAAAAAAAGUGAGUAACAAUUCUUAA